UAAAAACGAUCACCAGGGGAGGGGGACUGCUGUGCGUUGGAGCUCCGUUAUUUAUUUUAUCUUCCCCUCGAUUCGGCCAUGUCUUUCUUGUUGUUGGUGGUGGUCUCUUCUCGGACCCUCCUGGGCUUGAGAUAGAAAUAGAGAGAUUAGAUAGAUAGAUAGAUAGAUAGAUAGGGAGCGGAAUUGGAGCCACACACGCACACAUAUAUAUAUACACACAUACACACAUACGCACCAGGGCGUAUAGGCAGACGGGGGGUUAUCUCUGUGUCUCUCUCUUCAUGAGGACCAGGCGAGGGAUGUGUUACCCCGAAUCGGAACUGUGCACCCAGAAGAAGAGGUCGGCGACGGCGACGGCGACGGCGAAGGGGGAGGACAUGGCCUCGUUCGGCCGCAAGCGGCGGAGGCCCUCCCCUCGGGCGGGCGGCGGCGGAGGCCGGGACUUCUUCGACGGCCUCCCCGACGACCUCGUCCUCUCCGUGCUUGGCAAGGUCGCCGCCUCCGCCUCCUCCCCUCCCGAUCUCAUCAGCGUCCUGCUCACGUGCAAGAGAUUUAAAGCUUUAGGCCUGCAUUCGAUGGUGCUGUCGAAGGCGUCGUCGAACGCUUUCGCCGUCAGAGCUCACGGCUGGUGCGACUCCGCUCACCGCUUCCUCAAGCUCUGCGCCGACGCCGGCAACGUCGAAGCCUCUUACACUCUCGGCAUGAUUCGCUUCUACUGCUUGCAAAGCCGAGGGAGUGGAGCUUCGCUGAUGGCCAAGGCCGCGAUUGGGGCGCACGCGCCGGCGCUCUACUCGCUCGCGGUGAUACAGUUCAACGGCAGUGGCGGGUCCAAGAACGACAAGGACCUGCGGGCCGGCGUGGCCCUCUGCGCUCGGGCCGCCUUCCUCGGCCACGUCGACGCCAUGCGCGAGCUCGGCCACUGCCUCCAGGACGGGUACGGCGUCCGCCAGAACGUCGCCGAGGGACGCCGCUUCCUCGUCCAGGCCAACGCCCGCGAGCUCGCCGCCGUACUCUCCUCCCCCUCUGCCGCGGCCGCGGCCGCUUCCCUCCUCUCCACUCGGGCGUGGCUCGCCUGGAACAGCCCGCACGCGCAGCAGCCGCCGCACCAACAGCACCAGCACCAGCACCAGCACCAGCACCAGCAUCCGCAGCAGAACCAUCAGCAGCAUCCCCUCCGCCACGCGGCCGGCACGGGGUGCCCCUUGCUCAGCGACUUCGGGUGCAACGUGCCGGCGCCGGAGGCCCACCCGGCGAACCGGUUCUUGGCGGAGUGGUUAGCCGCUCGGGGCGGCUCGCCCGGGCCGGGGCUGAGGCUGUGCUCGCACGUGGGGUGCGGGAGGCCGGAGACGAGGAAGCACGAGUUCAGGCGGUGCUCCGUUUGCGGGGCGGUGAACUACUGCUCGCGGGCCUGCCAGGCGCUCGACUGGAAGCUCCGCCACAAGGCCGAGUGCACGCCGGUGGAGCGGUGGGUGGACGAGGACGUCGACGGCGACGGGGACGGCGAGGGCGGGGAACAUGACGGAGUGGGCGGCCGUAACGGUGAUGUCAUGGAGGAGAGUUGACGGCGACGGUGACGGCGACGGUGACGGUGACGGCAGCGGUAGGGGGGGUGUCGGGGGAAGAAAAGGGACCAGUUUUGAUGGGGAGUUACUUAGAUGAAAAUAUAUUUUUAGAUUUGGUCCGUCCAUUAUUUGCGAAUCUUAAUAUUUUCUUACCCCCCUUCCUUUUUUUUUUUCUUUUUUUGGGUUGUAUAGAGAUGGGUAAAUUCGGAAAAAAAGGAAAAACACCCUCUUUUUUGUCUUUUUUGUACCAUGUAGACCAAAUGUCAGCCUCAGUUCAUUAAGUUCAACAUUCAGGUCUCCUCAUUUCGA